AUGGCCGGCUCCCACCACGUCCUCGUCCUCGGCGGCCACGGCAAGAUCGCCCAGAUGCUCACCCCGCUGCUCCUCAAGCGCUCCUGGACCGUCACCAGCGUCAUCCGCACCCAGGAGCAGGCCCCGACCAUUGAGCAGCUCGGCGCCGGCCUCCCUGGCAAGCUCAACGUCCUGGUCCGCAGCAUCGCCGACGUCGACAGCGACGCCCGCGCCCGCUCCAUCCUGGACGAGGUGAAGCCCGACUACGUCGCCUGGAGUGCCGGUGCCGGCGGCAAGGGCGGCGAUGCAAUGACCUACAAGAUCGACCGCGACGCCGCCAUCCACUUCAUCAACGCCGCCGCCGCCUCCUCCUUCGUCAAGCGCUUCCUCCUCGUCUCCUACUCGGGCUCCCGCCGCGCCGGCGCCUCGUGGUGGCCCGCCGGCGAGUGGGACAAGUACAACUCGACGGUCAACCACGGCUUCCUCGCCGCCUACUACCAGGCAAAGCUCGCCGCCGACGAGGCCCUCUACGAGGCCUCCCGCCGCUCCGGCGGCAAGAUGAUCGGCCUCUGCCUGCGCCCGGGUACCCUCUCCAUGGAUCCCGCCGGCCGCAUCGAGUUCGGCAAGACGGCCCGCCUCAACGGCCAGGUCAGCAGGGAGUCGGUCGCCCAGACGGCCGAUGCCCUGCUCGCUGCCGAUGGGGUCAAGAACUCGUGGCUCGACCUGCUCGACGGUGACCAGGAGGUCGAGGCUGCUGUCACAAAGGCGGUGCGCGAUGGCAUCGACACGAGCGAGGGCGAGGCCAUUCAUUCGUCGUAG